AUGUGGGAGCUUUUUGGUUUUUUCAAUGGUGGUGGCUGGUUGUUGUUUGCUGUGGUGGUGGCAAUGGUGGUGACCGGCGGUGGUGACUGGUUGUUGUGUGCAGGGGUGGUUGAUCUACUAUGCAGGGCGAUGGUGGUAGUCGUGGCUAGUUGUUGUUUGGUUUGUAGAGGCGAUGGUGGUGACCAACAGUGGUGGCUAGUGGUGGUGGUUGUUUGCAGUGGUGGUGGCGAUGACACGACUGUGGCCUGCAUUACCAUCUUCUUGCAUUGUCUGUUCUUCGAUUUAGUUACAAGUAAGGUGGAACAGAAAUCUAGGCUGCAAUCUCGAAGACAGUCAACUGGGUUUGUGUAUAUAAUUUGGGGGAAUAAGCAGGUUAAACCGACUUGGAUUUCAGUUUUUCCUGUAAUGGCUUCGUGUACAUCACCUUAUUUUAUACCUGCGGAUAGUCGAAAGCUGAUGGAUGUAAUGUCUGUCCUUGGAGGAAGGGUUCGCCCCUUAAAAAUGGUUUACGAGAAGAAUGGGCUUUUAAGUAUUGGUCAAAAGAGUGGUUCCUGCUUCCCUCAGGUCAUAUGCUCAGCCAAUUCUCACAGUGUCAAUCAAUUUCAUGGUAAGGAUCCAUUUCUGAAUCUACACCCCGAAAUCUCAAUGCUUAGAGGUGAGACGAGCACUACAAUGACCAAUCCAAAACAGGAUAUAUCAAGUGAAAAUGUGACGAAGAACCUGAUUGAUUCCCCAAGUUUGAACAAUUACAACGAGGCUAAGAUCAAGGUUAUUGGUGUUGGAGGAGGUGGAUCUAAUGCAGUUAACCGUAUGAUAGAGAGUGCAAUGAAGGGUGUUGAGUUCUGGAUUGUUAACACAGAUGUCCAAGCCAUGAGAAUGUCACCCGUUCUUCCUGAAAAUCGCUUGCAAAUAGGCCAAGAGCUGACCAGAGGACUUGGUGCUGGUGGUAAACCAGAUAUUGGCAUGAAUGCUGCAAAAGAAAGCAAAGAAGCUAUAGAGAAAGCUGUUUCUGGAUCAGACAUGGUCUUUGUGACGGCUGGAAUGGGAGGGGGAACAGGAACUGGUGGAGCUCCUAUAAUUGCAGGGAUUACGAAGUCAAUGGGCAUCUUAACUGUUGGCAUAGUUACAACUCCAUUUUCUUUUGAGGGAAGAAGAAGAACCGUUCAAGCCCAAGAAGGAAUUGCUGCUCUAAGAGAGAAUGUUGACACUCUAAUUGUCAUUCCAAAUGAUAAAUUACUUACUGCAGUUUCCCCAUCUACCCCGGUGACAGAGGCAUUUAAUCUUGCUGAUGAUAUUCUUCGUCAAGGAGUUCGUGGUAUUUCUGACAUUAUUACGAUUCCUGGUUUAGUGAAUGUGGAUUUUGCUGAUGUGCGAGCUAUUAUGGCAAGUGCUGGCUCUUCAUUAAUGGGGAUAGGAACUGCUACAGGCAAGACCAGGGCUAGAGACGCAGCAUUAAAUGCCGUUCAAUCUCCUUUAUUAGAUAUUGGUAUAGAGAGGGCCACUGGAAUUGUGUGGAAUAUAACUGGCGGUACUGAUUUAACACUGUUUGAGGUGAAUGCUGCAGCAGAGGUCAUAUACGAUCUUGUGGAUCCAAGCGCCAACUUAAUAUUUGGUGCUGUGAUAGAUCCAUCACUGAGUGGACAAGUUAGUAUAACUUUGAUCGCCACUGGUUUCAAGCGCCAAGAGGAAAGCAAUGAAAGGCCCAUCCAGGGAAAUCAAAUGGUACAAGGAGAUUCGAACCUUGGUAUCAAUAGGCGAGCUGCAUCCUUUUUAGAAGGUGGUUCUCUGGAGAUUCCAGAGUUCUUAAAGAAGAAAGGACGCUCUCGCUAUCCAAGAGCUUGA